AUGAUGUUCCCCGUCGGAUCAUUCCCUGCCGGCCCGCCUAUCGAAACUAGAAAGGCUUUACUGCUGCUCGAUUUUCAGAACGACUUUGUCGACCCUGACGGAAGGUUACCCGUUCAAAACGUGCCUUCCUUUAUCUCGGAUCUCCCCUCUCUUGUAGCCGAGUUUCGCGCAAAAGGGGUCAUCAUAUGGUGUGGGACAGAAUUCAAGCACACGACAUCGUCGAUUUCCACAACCACUGGCUCACAUGCAAUCCUCCUGAGGCAAUCUCUAAAAGAUGAAGAGCUGAGUGAGGAGAUUGGUGAGUACCUCAAUAACCCCGAUCACACUCGCUCACCCACCGAAGAUCCGCUGUCCCCGUCGUCAAAGCCAGAUGUUGUCCAUGAUCGCGAGGCCUUUCUCGCUCCCACCAUGACCCCCACCAAAUAUAGGUGCUGCAUUCCUGGCUCGUGGGGCAUCAGAUACCCCGAAACCCUCGCGACAGCCAUUGAUCAGAGCCAGGACCUGGUUCUGUUGAAAUCAAAUUAUUCCGCAUUUGUGGAUACAUCACUAUUGAUGCAGCUUCGCACAAUGCUCAUCACUGAAUUGUAUAUCUGCGGCUCGCUAUCCAAUAUAUCGGUCUAUGCUACCGUGCUAGAUGCCGUGUGCCACGGUCUACAGGUAACCAUAAUUGAAGAUCUUCUCGGUUUCAAUGAUGAGUUAUGCCAUGUUGAGGCAGUGAGACAGAUGGCUGAUGACAUGGGUGCAAAUGGCAUGGACUGUCAAGAACUCCGAGAUGACCUUGCCGGUUUACUAGGCGAUGUUAUACGAGAAGAGGACUUCCCUACAACUUUUCAAGUGAGCCUGCCCCCUCCGUCGAGGACGAACAAGUCCCAUAACUCGGCACAACAUAUCAAUGAUUGGAUUGCACGGCUAGAGAGUGAGAGCGAUACUCACUUACCCACAGUUGAAGAAGGAACAUCAUCGAAGAUCGUGGAAGACCUUCCUGUGCCUAGUUUGAAUUCUUACGCAAAGAGUGAGUCAUCUUACCAACGAUCCGAUUCCACAAAAGUAGAACACAAUCCGCCUCGAAAGAGGUCGGCAAGUGAUCUAAACCCUUCAGAACAUGACCGUCUUCUUACAUCCGCACAACCGCCCUCACCUCGUCCUCCUCCUCCGAACCCCGUGAACGUUGCUGAGCACAAGGAACAAAACCAGGGCACACAGACACGCAAGAGACGCCCUUCGCACGAAUCUUCGGCCAUGCCUGCCCAUUCGAGCAGCGAAACCCUAGCCGAAACGAGAACCAUCAGUCCUGGUAGCAAGAAAGAUCCUGAAUCUGAGAUCGACUUGUUAAAAUACGACGCUUCUGGCGUGGAGCUUACACAAGCUGGUGGCGGAAUGCUACCAAAGAAAAAGACGAAGCUAGUGCAAGACACGCUAGGCCCAGAAGACAAGAUCGGACAAGGCGAUUCGAGACUUUACGUGGAUCUGCUUGACGAAGCUGAAGCUGACGCCGCUUUUCACGCUUGCAAAAAGUCAAUCAAGUGGCAAAAGAUGUUCCAUAGAACCGGUGAAGUACCUCGCCUGGUUGCUGUUCAGGGAGACAUCUUAGAAGACGGUUCUCAAGUCCCGAUCUACAGGCAUCCUGCUGAUGAGUCGCCCGUCCUCCUCCCAUUUGACCCAGUUGUCGACAAGUUGCGAAAAGCAGCUGAAAGUGUUGUGAGGCAUCCGCUGAACCAUGCAUUGAUUCAGUGGUACCGCAAUAGCGAAGAUAAUAUCUCAGAACACUCUGACAAGUCUUUGGAUAUUGUCCAAGGCUCAACGAUCGUCAACUUCAGUCUAGGUGCUAGGCGAACGAUGAUCUUAAGGACCAAAAAGUCGAAAGUAUCAGACGAAGGAGAGCAGGCGGGUGGGGAGACCAUCCGACCUUCGCAGCGCAUCCACUUGACGCACAAUUCCCUUUUCGUCCUUGGCCCCGAGACGAAUCAGCAUUGGCUGCACGCAAUCAGAGCCGACAAGAGACUUGCCUCCGAAAAGGAUCCCGCCGAGCUUGCCUUUGAUGGCGCACGAAUCAGCGUGACUUUGAGACAUAUCGGGACCUUUGUCAACCCUCAUAACAACACAAUCUGGGGUCAAGGAGCUACAGCCAAGGACAAAAGUCAGGCUGCUCAGCUCCUCGCCGGUGCAGAUGCAGAAAAAAAGGGGGAACUCAUGAUACGAGCUUUCGGGCAAGAAAAUCACCGAAGUACAGACUGGGAUUGGAACCAAUGGUACGGUGAAGGCUUUGAUUUAGUCAAUUUUGAGACCAAGAGCGCUUAA